AUGGGGAAAACGCAGAUAUGGGAAAAACGCAGAUAUGGGAGAAACGCAGAUAUGGGAAAAUCGCAGAGAUGGGAAAAACGCAAAUAUGGGAAAAUUGCAAAUAUAGGAAAAUUGCAUAUAUGGGAAAAUUGCAAAAAUGGGAAAAUUGCAAAUAUGGGAAAAACGAAAAUAUGGGAAAAACGCAAAUAUGGGAAAAACGCUAAUAUGGGAAAAACGCAAAUAUGGGAAAAACGCAAAUAUGAGAAAAAACGCAAAUAUGGGAAAAACGCAAAUAUGGGAAAAACGCAAAUAUGGGAAAAACGCAAAUAUGGGAAAAACGGAAAUAUUAGAAAAAACGCAAAUGUUGGAAAAACGCAAAUAUGGGAGAUUUGCAGAUAUGGGAAAAUCGCAGAUAUGGGAAAAAUGCAGAUAUGGGAAAGACACAGAUAUGGGAAAAAUCGCUAA